UACACGACCAGAAAGUUUGAUUCUUUCAAAAAAACAUGGCCGUUGAUUCGACUGAUCAACGGCGAGAUUUUGUUGUCAAGAUCGACGGUGAAGAAAAUGGUGAUCCUGAAAAGUUUUGGAGGGAGUCGAGCAUUAACUUCUGGCACGAUGAUAAGAACAGUAAACCACCGGGAGGUCAAGAAGACGACGGAAGCUUUGAUUUCAUGCGGCGGAGUAGUGACAAACCAGCAGAGGAGCCAGAUCCACCGUCCAAGCUCAUCAAUCAAUUUCUGAACAAGCAGAAAGCUUCCGGCGACGAAAUCUCUCUCGACAUGGAAGCUAACAUGCCUGAGCUUCAGAGCAACACGAUUUCUCCGGCACGUGUAACUGUGGUUUCCGGUUCUGCGUCACCGGUAACGGCGACGGCGAGUAAUUAUAACGGGCCCGUUGAUGCGAUUAGACGGAGGCAGAACAGGGUCACGCUUUCUCCGUCUGUUAAAGAUAGUGAUAGUAGCGACGAAGAUGAAAACAGAGUAGAUGAGUCAGAGGUUGUCAAGUGUAGCUCUAACAGAUCGACGAUGAGGACUAAGACUUUGAUGAAGACGAAGACGAGAUCCAGAUUGAUGGAUCCUCCGACUCCGACGUAUCCGGAGAUGGUUUCGGGUCGGACUCCUAAAUCCGGGCAUUUAAAACCCGGUUUUAGUGGCAGAAACACUAAACCGGGAACUCCCAACCAGGGAGGAGCCAUGGAUUUGGAAGAAGAGGAAGAUCCGUUUUCCGAGGAGGACCUACCCGAAGGUUUUAGAAAGGAGAAGAUUUGUGUUUGGGUUAUCAUGGAGUGGAUUUUUCUGAUUCUGAUCAUUGCUGGUUUGAUUUGUAGCUUAGUGAUACCUUUCUUGCGUGGCAAGACACUUUGGGACCUUGCUCUGUGGAAAUGGGACGUGAUGAUUCUUGUUUUGAUUUGUGGGAGAUUGGUUUCGAGUUGGAUUGUGAAGCUAUUCGUCUUCUUCGUUGAAAGCAAUUUUCUUUGGAGAAAAAAGGUUUUGUAUUUCGUUUACGGAAUUCGAAAGCCGGUGCAGAACUGUCUCUGGCUAGGGCUUGUGUUGAUCGCGUGGCAUUUCUUGUUCGACAAGAAAGUUGAAAGAGAGAUGCGAAGCACAGUGCUUAAGUAUGUGACUAAAGUAUUAAUCUGUUUACUCGUUGCUGUUGUCUUCUGGCUCAUAAAGACUCUGCUGGUUAAAGUUCUUGCUUCAUCUUUCCAUAUGAGUACUUACUUCGAUCGGAUUCAAGAAUCUUUGUUUACUCAGUAUGUGAUUGAGACUCUUUCGGGACCUCCUCGAGUUGAGAUUCAUAUAGAAGAGCAGAAAGUAGCAAACGAUGUAAAGACCUUGGAGAUAGCUGGACAUAAGCUAUCUCCUCUAGGUCCGAAGGCGGUUUCUUCUUCACCACAAGUGACCCUUGGAAGUGGAAGGCUGCAGAAGAGUCCGACCAGAGUGGGGAGAAGUCCAGUAUUAUCGCGGUCUGGUUCUAAGAAAGAAGGAGAGGAGGAAGGGAUAAGAAUCGAUCAUUUGCAGAGAAUGAAUACUAAAAACGUAUCGGCUUGGAAAAUGAAGAGACUGAUGAAUGUUAUAAGAAAAGGAACUCUUUCUACUUUGGAUGAGCAGAUACAAGACACGACGACUCACGAAGAUGACAAAGCCACACAGAUCAGAAGUGAGUUCGAAGCAAAACUUGCAGCUAGGAAGAUUUUUCAGAAUGUUGCUGAACCUGGAUCCAGGUACAUAUAUAUAGAAGACUUUAUGCGUUUUCUGUCUGAAGAUGAGUCUGAAAGAGCCAUAGAUCUCUUUGAAGGAGCUUCUGAAAGUCACAAAAUCAGCAAAUCUUGUCUGAAGAAUUGGGUGGUUAAUGCCUUUAGAGAACGAAGAGCACUAGCUUUAACUUUAAACGAUACAAAAACAGCAGUGAACAGGCUUCAUCGAAUCAUCAAUGUAUUGGUCGGCAUUGUGAUUUUUAUCAUCUGGCUUCUCAUUCUUGGAAUCGCUACAACCAAGUUCUUGCUUGUCAUAAGCUCUCAGCUUCUUCUUGUAGUCUUUGUGUUCGGAAAUUCAUGUAAAACCAUCUUUGAAGCUGUCAUCUUCGUCUUCGUUAUGCAUCCAUUUGAUGUCGGUGACAGGUGUGAAAUAGACGGUGUCCAGCUGAUUGUUGAAGAGAUGAACAUUUUGACUACUGUCUUUCUUCGAUUUGAUAAUCAGAAGAUUGUAUAUCCGAACAGUCUUCUCGGCACAAAACCUAUAGCUAACUAUUACCGCAGUCCCGAUAUGCAAGAUGCCAUUGAGUUCUUUGUCCAUAUAGCAACUCCACCUGAAAAGACAAGCGCCCUAAAACAGAGGAUACUCAGCUACGUGGAUAACAAGAAGGAUCAUUGGUAUCCAUCGCCGAUGAUUGUGUUCAGAGAUAUGUGUGGAUUAAACAGUGUAAAGAUCGCAAUGUGGCCAACACAUAAGAUGAAUCAUCAAGAUAUGGGAGAGAGAUAUGUAAGGAGGGGUCAAUUAAUUGAAGAGAUUGGUAAAUUAUGCAGAGAAUUGGAUAUCGAAUAUCGGUUAUAUCCUCUUAACAUCAACGUCAAAAGUCUCCCUGCUCCUACUCCGAUCACUUCUGAUCGCGUUCCCCCGAGCUGGAAUCAACAACAAGGUGUUUGAAGAUUCCGGAAAAUUUUGAGUUUUGGUGUUUGUAUUUGCAGUGAGUGAAAAAGAAAGAUUCUUUCUUAUUGCUUUGGUUUUCUCUUUUACUGUUUUUAAGGACUUGAGGAUUUUUCAUUUACAUUGUGAAAGAGGAUACUGUUUUUUUUUUUUGUUUUCUUGUGUAUAUUUGUGUUUGAGUAGUUAUAGUCACCAUGAAAUAAAAAGCUUACGGGAUUUGAAUUUUGA